GGGUGAUGACUUCUCCGUCUGCGUCACGAGAGCUGGAAUUAAAGGGACGAGUACGAGAGGUGCUUCCCAGUGGUGAACUCCGCUUGGAACAUGAGCCAAUUAUGAAGAUUCCGUUCCUUCCAAAGCGAAAGAAUGUCGAUACGGGCCUUCUGAAUCUGCGGCUGGCCGGUGUAGAGCUCUCUCAAUCUGGACAGCAAUUUUUGGCGAAGGAUUUGAGGCACACCAAUAAGCCCGUCACUUUUACCGUUAUUAAGAAUGACUGCCAUCGAAAAAUUUCACCACUUCCGGUGAUCGAUCUGCUUUCCGCUCGCCCACCAAUCUAG